AUGGAGGAAGACUGGAGGUACGAAUGGCCAUCCAACACUGGCAGUCUUAUCCAGACCGUGAAGUACAGCUUGCCCGAGGUGACAUGGACCAACUUUUUCGCGAUCUUGGCGUUCUCUUGCAUCGCGACUCGCAUCAUCAGUGGGUUUCGGGGCCGACAGCGUGUCCAAGAUCCCGCGGAACCUCGAGUUUCGCGAUUAGCGCCAUAUUGGUUCCCCUGGUUUGGUCAUAGCCCUUUCUUCGCAUGGAACCAUGCCAGUCUAUUCGAGUCAUUAAGGGACUCGAUGAAUGAGUCUGUAUUUGGCGUCUAUCUGCGUGGCGAGACUCAUAAUACCGUCGUUUCACCAUCAAUGAUCCAAUCUAUCUUGUCUUCGCCUAAUGCAGCGAGUACCCUCGCGCUUGAUCAGGCUUUGAAAAACGUCUUUGGAAAUCGCAGUCUAAUUCAGGCCUUGCAACAGACUUCCAACCGGGAGAUCAGUGACGAUGUUCCUAGUAUGAUUAAGAAAGAAUCAUUUGUGAACGAUGCCUCAACCGCUAUCACCGGGUUAAUUAAACACAACAUUCCAAACCUGGUCACCUUCAGCAAAAGCCUUGUCGACCAAACCCCAUGGGAGCGUGACAGUCUAGUGUCGGUAGCCGAAGAGAACCAAUCUUUGUGCGAGGCGAGCCUAUUCGCCCUUGUACGAAACUUUGUGGGCCACAACAUGUCCACAUUUUUAAUGGGCGAGGCCUUUUUGGAAAACUUCCCGAUGGUUAUCGAAGAUUUGUGGAAACUUGAUACUAGCUUCGUCACGUUGUUCGUUGGAACUUCCCGCGCUUUUCCUUCUCCGCGUGUCUCUGGGGGAUAUUCUACACGCGACAGACUCAUUCACAUCACCUCUGUUUUCCACCGCGCGUUUUGUGCAUUCGAUGAUGGAAUCGAUCCCGGGCUUGAGCUUCGUGACCUCGACGAUGUUUCCGAGCUCGUAAAGCAGAGGAUGCGAACAUUCCGCAAACUCAACCUGACCGCGAAUGCGAGCGCCGCCGGCCACUUGUCUUUGUACUGGGACAUCAUUGAGCACAUAAGCAAGAUCACCUACUGGACUGUCCUUCACAUAUUCGCAGACAGUGCACUCCUGGACGAGAUUCGAAAGGAGUUUGCCCCUUACGUGAAAUCAUCCCGGCCGAGCCGCGAAGAGACAGGAUUCCCAUUCGACGAACCACCGCGUCUCAGCCUUGAUCUCGAAAAUGUCCUCGAGUCAUGUCCAUUGUUCAAGGCAUGCUACUAUGAAACUAUCCGCCUCCACUCUGCUGGCGUCUCUUUCAGAAAGCUAGAAUCGGAUUUGACCUUGACUGAGUCGGCGAAUGAUGCGACUGAGCCUCGCAGCUACAAAAUGCGCAAGGGCGAGAAGGUUAUCAUGCCCCAUGUGGCUUACCAGACCGAUCCACGACGCUUUUCGAAUCCAGAUCAGUAUGAUCCGCUUCGAUUCAUUGUGACAGAUCCCGCAUCCGGGGGAAAGAAGGUCGACGCAAAUAUCCUUGGCCCCAUUGCGGAGGGGCUGUAUGGCUCCAAGGACAACAAAUUCUACGAGGGGUCCAUUCUGGCUUUUACUGCGGGUAUCGUAUCAAUGUGGGAUAUCACAUCGAUGGAUGGUAAGGAUCUCAAAAUUCCAAAUAACUGGCCGACUUGGGGUUCUUCUCAGCCGGCGAGAGAAAUCAGGGUAAACUUGAAACCGACAGUUUAA